AUGACCUACAGUUGCUACCCUGGAAACUUCUACUCCUGCUCCCUUGGAUACUGCCUGCCCUCCUUAGGUUCCUCCUGUGGCUCUUCCUACCCCAGCAACCUGGUCUACACGUCCUGUGUGGUGUCCAGCCCCUGCCAGCUGCCCUGCUACUACCCUAGGAGCUGCACACCCUGCAGUCCCUGCCAGGGCACAUAUGCUGGGUCUCUGGGCUUUGGAUACUGCAGCUGCCGUUCCCUGGGCUAUGGAUCUAGAAGCUGCUACUCCAGGGGCUGUGGGUCCAGUGGCUUCAGAUCUCUGGGUUAUACUUCUAGACUCUACUACCCAGCAUACUUAGCUUCUACAACAUUUCAACCUUCUUAUUACAGAUCCAUCUGUGGUAGUGGCUUCUAG